GCUGCCAAAAUAUCGUACACGCUCGCUUCCCACCACCCGAGACCGCUUUACGUUCACCACAACCCCGUCGGGGAAGGGUCUUGAUACAAUCCGACAAUCGACUGUUCCGGUGUGCCGCGGGUUCACAGCAUGAGCAAAGCGAAGGCCAUCGAAAACAAGGAAAUCGUACAGGCGAUCGUGAUAGCCGACUCGUACAAUGACAACUUUCAACCGUUCACGUCCACGAAACCGCUGGCCCUGCUGCCAGUCGCCAAUGUGCCGCUGAUCGAGUACACGCUCGAAACGCUCAACCGUAAUGGGGUGGAGGAGGUGAUAGUGUUCUGCAGCAGCCACAUCGAUCAGGUGAAGCGGCACAUCGCCGACCGGCAGGCCGCCCGGUGCACCUGGUCGACCGGCAUGCGGGUGUCGAUCAUCAGCUCGGAAGCGUGCCGCAGCAUCGGCGAGGCGAUCCGCGACCUGGACGCGCGCAACACGAUCCGGGGCAGCGUGCUGCUGCUCGGCGUGGAGAGCGUCACGAACGCGGACCUGGCGGCCCUGCUCGAGGAGCACAAGCGGCUGGCGAAGGUGGACCGGGGCGCGGUCAUGACGGUGGUGUACAAGGAGGGCCUGCGGCGGAUGCGCACCGGCAACGAGGUGCUGGUGGCGCACGAUCCGACCACCCGCCGGCUGCUCUACCAUCAGCGGCUGGCCCAGCACGAGCGGGAGCGCUCGUUCGAGCUGCCGCUGGACCUGUUCCUGGCCAACCGGGACGUGGCCGUCUGCCACGGGCUGCUCGAUCCGCAGAUAGCCGUCUGCAGCCAGGCGGCCCUGCCCCUGUUCGCGGACAACUUUGACUUUCUGACGCGCGACGACUUCGUGCGGGGCGUGCUGAUCAACGAGGAGAUCCUGAACAGCCGCAUCUACGUGGCGAAGCUGGCGCGGGAGGAGUACGCGAUGCGGGUGAACAACUGGCAGAGCUACCAUCUGGUCAGCCUGGACGUGAUCAACCGGUGGGUGUACCCGCUCGUGCCGGACACGGCGAUCAGCGAGUUCCGGCAGCAGUACAAACACUACCGCAACAACGUGUACCGGCACCGGAACGUGCGGCUGAGCCGGUCCUGCGAGCUGGACGGCGAUCUGGUGGUGGGCGAGGAGUGCGAGAUCCGCGAGGGCACCUAUCUGCGCCAGUCGGUGGUGGGGCGGGGCUGCCGCAUCGGGCGCAACUGUCGCAUCGUGAACAGCUUCCUGCUGGAGGGCGCCACCGUCGGCGACGGGACCGUGCUGAGCCACUGCGUGCUGGAGCGGGCGGUCACGGUGGGCAGCCGGUGUACGAUCGAACCGGGCACGGUGCUCGGUGAGGGCGUGGAGAUACCGGACGGGCUGACGGUGGGCGGGCUGCUGCUGCAGGCGAGCGAACCGGCGGCCGACGAGUGGGGCACCACGCCGGUGGAGAAGAUAGCGGACCGGGCGUACACGAUACCGGUGCUGGACGAGGAGGACAGCGAUUCGGACGAGGAGGAGGGCGGUUCGGGCCAGCCGGCCCUGAACCAGCCGCACGCGAUCGCACCGCUGCCCGAGCGCUAUCCCGCCUCCGUGUACGAACCGUCCGACGAGGAGUGCGACAGCGGGCCCGCCUCGCCGGUGCCGGAGGACGCGAACAUCUUCCUGUCGGAGGUGGUGGAAUCGCUCAAGCGGGGGCUGGCGGAGAAGAGCAACGCCGAGUACCUCAUACUGGAGAUCAACUCGUCCCGGUACGCGUACAACAUGGCGCUGUGCGAGGUCAACUACUACGUGGUGAAGGCGAUACUGCAGAUCAUGCUGCAGCAGGACGGCGUGGCGACGAACACGGUCGGCACGCUGCGCCGGCUGCUCGCCUACUUCGGCGUCGUGUUUCGCAACUACAUCCGCGACCGGGACGCGAUGAUGGACUGCCUGAAGGCGCUCGAGGAGAUGUGCCCGGCGAGCGAGACGGUGCGGGCCAAGCUGCCCCAGCUGGUCCACUACCUGUACGAGGCGGAUCUGAUCGGCGAGCAGGUCAUCAUCGAGUGGUACGACGGGCUGGUGGAUGCCGGCCUGAAGGCGGCCCUGUCCAAGCUGGUACAGUGGCUGCAGGAGUCUAGCGAGGAGGAGGAGGAGGACGAUGACGACGAUGAAGAGGAAGAAGAAGAUUAAGGCCAUUAACAACCCUGCGGGUAAGGUGGAUGGGGCGCGUACCGGUAGGAGUUUGCGUCUGAUGUUUUAACUCCCCCUGAUUUCGAGUGUUUUGGCCGAGUGUUUCGAUUCAUUUGCAGAACGGCUGUAUUGUAUAUUUUCUAAAAAUUGUUAGACUGUCAAGGAGUUAACAUUGUUUUUCGAAUCAAGUUUUCGGUUUCCUAUAGAGAGCAUAGUACAAUAUGGCAAGCGGUCACUCUCAUCCACGCACGGGGAACUUGCCGGAGACGGCAGUAAUGGAACUGUUGGGGGAAACAUUUUAGUUUUUUUCUUUUAAAGCCAAGCAUAUUUAACGUUUCACAUCGUUUCAUCACGUACGUUUUGGAAACAUUCGCUAAUCGUUGGCUAAACGCUGUCGCGGUACAACAAUACAGUGAGCAUCAUGAAUGUACGAGGGUUAAGCAAAUUAAAAUAAAAUAGAACUUCUACUUCAUCUUCAA